GAAGCAAUCUAUGAUAAGCAGGCAAUGUAAUUUUGCGGCUUGUCAUAACUCACUGGCCAAAUUAGCAAUUAGGGAAAAGCUAUUCGUAAAAGAAACUAUUGUGUUUUUCUUAGACUCUUAGAUAACUGCAUUUUGGUUUCUUCUGAGCCCCUCUGCUUAAGUGCUAAGAUUGAGAAAGAAAGCGUCUGAUUUGAGAACGAAUCAAUCUAUUGACUUUUUUCUCUCUCUUUUUUGAUUAAGAAGCCAAGAGGCACUCUCUCUUUUUUGAUUAAGAAGCCAAGGACCGAAGCCAAAAGAAAAGAACAAAUGAAGAAGAAGAUCUGCCAGAACAAAAGAAGAUGAGUGCUUAUUGGGCAACGUAUCGAUUCGGACAGCCUCGGCUGAGCAUGGCUGGUAUUGUCCUAAUGAUACCUAAGAGCUACUAUAUAUUUUCGCCAGGAGCAACAGCAGAACUCCAUAGUUAUAGCCUGGUUCCUACCAGUUACCCUGUUCAAGCUUUGAUUCUCAGGUGUAGUAAAGACUGUGUCUCAGCUCUCCCAGUUACUCUCAAACUCAACCAACCUUGAACGUUGCAAAUUGCUUGCUCGAUCAUCAGAUUCGUCAUAGAGAUAUAUAUCGUUUUAAGUUAUGGAUAAUAGAGAGACCCCAGAAGUAAACAUUGUAGUAAGUGUUCCAUCGUCACUGGGCAUUGUGGAUGGUAUUGAAAGGCAAGAUCCAGUCACUCGAACUCCAAUUAGGAAAGCAUGGGCAACAGUUUCAACUCUAGUUGUGGACAUAUGUUCAGAAGCUCCCAAUCUAAUUUCGAAUUGUCUCGAAAUGAUUAUGACAUGGGCAUUGAUCGGAAUUCUAGGUCCAUUCGUGUUCGUUGCAAUAAAGUGGAAAAGGGUAUUCAUACUAUCAUGUGUUGCAGUGUCAUUUGAUUCUUUGUUCCUUUACAUUCCCAUCAUCGAUCAGGAAAACAAGUGCCUUGACACGGACAAGACGUUGAGGAAUGUAGCGCUUGUCCUCAGAUCACUUACAGACAUCGCUUUCAUAUUCCAUAUUAUUGCUCUGAUCAAUGAUUUCAUGGACGAGGGCCCCAAGUGGGAUGACCACGCGUCAGCGUCACGUUUGCCAAGAAAACUAAAGCUUGUGCGAGAGGUCAUAGCUAAGAAGAUGCCGUGGUUAUCUAUCCGCAUCGUAGUCAACUUUCUAGCUAUUCUUCCCAUCCCACAGGUGGCAAUAGUAGUUGGCUCUUUCAGAUUGGGAGGCUCUAAACAUUUUCUCAAACAAACAAUUAUAAACGUCUUUCUUGUCUUCCAAUAUUUCCUGAGGAUUUUCCAAAUGUUCUUAUCCAUUAAGAAGAUCGGUGACACGGUUGGAAAAUUGGUCAAAGGUUCAUUCUACUUUCUCAUGUACAUCAUUGCUGGCUGUGUCUUUGCAGCCUUUUGGUAUUUCUUUUCUAUUCAACGAGAAACAUCCUGUUGGGACCAAGCAUGUCAAACGAUUGCAGGAUGCAUGCCUAUCUAUGAUUGCGGUCAUAGUACUUCAUUGAAUAGCACAUUCCUAAACAAAUUAUGCCCUAUAGAAUCUCCAAAUGCAACGCCCUUUGAUUUUGGAAUGUUUCAUGAUAUUCUUAAAUCUGGUAUUACAGAAUCUACAAAUUUUUUCACAAAAUUCUUUUACUCUUUCUGGUGGGGCCUCAAAAAUUUAAGUAAUUUUGGCACAAAUCUGGAAACAAGCAGCUACAUAUGGGAAAAUUGCUUUGCAAUUCUUAUUUGUGUUGUCGGCUUGCUACUAUUUUUAUUUCUCAUUGGAAGUGUACAGGCAUAUAUAGAAAAGUGGAGGAUCGAGAAGAUAGAAAAGUCUGAGAAGAUUAGAGAAUUAAGACGAACGAGAAUUGAUACGAAGUAUAGAGAUAUAGAAAAGUGGAUGUCAAGUCAUGAUAUUCCUCCUGGUGAUAUGUGGUUUGCUGUCAUGACAAAUAUUGAAGAAGAUUAUCUAGUAAAUCACAUUGAUGAAGAUGUGGAUGCUUCUUUCAUGUUCUAUUGUACUUACGGAUUUGAUCUCAAAUCAAAUCCACUUGGUUUUGUUUGCGUAAAAGCAUUGAAGAAAAUACCCAUUCUUCGAAAAUUGGAUGAACAAGACUUGGAAGUGUUUAUCAGUGAGCCCCUUCUAUAUUAUACGACCAAGAAAAAGAGAGACGACUACAUUAUUCGAGCAGGAGGAGGAGUUGAUAGUAUGUACUUGAUUAUAGAUGGCGUAAUUGAAUGCAAGGAUGCUGAAACAAUGAGCACCCAAAUUAUGCGUCGUUACGAUUGUUGUGGAGAAGAAGUUCUGCGUUGGGCAAUAUUGAACUAUAAGCGCUCGCGCUCUGAUCGCGAUCCUCUUCCUAUUUCAACAGUAGAUGUCAAAUGUCAAACGAAAACAGAAGCUUUUGAGUUCACUGCUGAUGACUUGAUCGAAAUUCUCGAGAAGUUAAACAAUUCAGAGCUGUUGGAGGCGUUGGCCCACGAUAGCAGCACCGAUCAACGGAUCGAGGACUGGCUGUUGAGAAAUGGGUUCCCUGAGGAUCUGAAGGCAAACAUCAUUAAUUUCCUAGACAAAAACAACCGGCUAGUGGAAGAAAACACGGAUGCUGAUGUUGAUGUGGAUUUUCUAUUCGGCAUUCUUCCAAAUAAUAUCAAAUCAUCCAUAAAGCGCCAUCUCGGCAUGAAUGCCCUAAAGAAAGUACCCAUGCUUCAAAAAAUGCAUGAAUACGUGUUGGAAAUAAUCUGCAACCAUCUCGAGCCAGUGGUCUACAAGAAGAAUAGCUAUGUUGUUAGAGCGGGAGAACCACUCGGUAUCAUGAUCCUUAUUCUGCGAGGCAGAAUUAUCUUCACUGACACGACUAGCAGCAAGGCCAUAGCAACAAGUUCCUCAGAGAUCACUGAGACAUGUGAUGAAAAUGUUAUUGAGAUAGAGAGUUAUUAUGGAGAACAACUUCUGAGAUGGGCAUCACCCAACAACAUUUCUUCAUCUGCCAAUCCCGUCAUCUCAACUAGAGAUGUCAAAUGUCAAACAAAAGUGGAAGCCUUGAUUCUCAAGGCAGAGGACUUGAGAAGUGCAGUCUCCAAAUGCGGAUCACAAUGGAAUUUCAACCAUAGUAUGAAUUCUCAGAACUUCGUCGGCUAUGGAAGAAGUAGGGUGGCUGAUACAGGUGCAUCCGCAUCCACGUCCCCUAAUAAUGAGCAGGCUAUCCAGCUUCAUCAGGGUCAUGACAUGCUUCUUGAGCAGCUGAUUAUGAUUCGCAAUGAUAUGUCUACUCAAAGACGGAGAUUAGAUGAGAUGGCUACAUUUUUAGCCAAAUUGGGAUAUACAAGCGCAUCUUCUCCUCCUCCAACGCCUUGAAGGGUUUUGGUAGAGAGAGAUCUACAUAGUAUGUUUCUAAAUUUCUAUGAUCAUUUCUAAGACUCAAUCAUACUAUUUGUACACUUGAAGUGAUAUGUUUUUGUGAAUUGAACAUCGUUUU